AUGAAGAUCCUUCUUGUUCUCUACGACGCCGGUUCCCACGCCAAGGAUGAGCCUCGACUUCUCGGAUGUACCGAGAACGAGCUUGGUCUCCGUGACUGGAUCGAGUCCCAGGGACACACCUUGGUGACCACCUCCGACAAGGACGGUGAGAACUCAACCGUCGACAAGGAGAUUGUGGAUGCUGAGAUUGUUAUCACCACCCCCUUCCACCCCGCUUACAUCACCAAGGAGCGAAUUGACAAGGCCAAGAAGCUCAAGAUCUGUAUCACUGCCGGUGUUGGUUCCGACCAUGUCGACCUUGAUGCCGCCAACGCCCGAGACAUUGCCGUCCUCGAGGUUACCGGAUCUAACGUCCAGUCCGUCGCUGAGCACGUUGUCAUGACCAUGCUGGUUCUGGUCCGAAACUUCGUCCCCGCCCACGAGCAGAUCAUCGAGGGUGGCUGGAAUGUCGCUGCUGUCGCCAAGGACUCUUACGACAUUGAGGGUAAGGUCAUUGGUACUGUCGGCGGUGGCCGAAUUGGUCAGCGAGUCCUGAAGCGACUUGCACCCUUCAACCCCAUGGAGCUCCUCUACUACGACUACCAGCCCAUGCCCAAGGACGUGGAGAAGGAGAUUGGCUGCCGACACGUCCCUGAUCUUAAGGAGAUGCUCUCUGUCUGUGACAUUGUUACCAUCAACUGUCCUCUCCACGACUCUACCAAGGGUAUGUUCAACAAGGAACUCAUCUCCCACAUGAAGGAUGGUGCUUGGCUCGUCAACACCGCCCGAGGUGCCAUCUGUGUCACUGACGACAUUGUUGAGGCCCUCAAGUCCGGUAAGAUCCGAGGCUACGGUGGUGAUGUCUGGAACCCCCAGCCUGCCCCCAAGGACCACCCCUGGAGAUACAUGCGAAACAAGUGGGGCGGUGGAAACGCCAUGACCCCCCAUAUCUCCGGUACCUCCAUCGAUGCCCAGGGCCGAUACUCCGAGGGUACCAAGAACAUUCUCGAGGUCUACUUCUCCGGAAAGCAGAACUACCGACCUCAGGAUGUCAUCUGUAUCAACGGCCACUACGGCACUAAGGCUUACGGUGACGACAAGGAGCACAAGGCCCACGUUUCCAAAUAA